AUGGGGUCUCGGGUGCGCCUUUCGCAGAAUCGCUUAAUGGGAACUGUUUUGAGCUGGAAAGGUCGGCUUGAACUUCAAGAAAAUGCUCGGGUGUCGUUCUUCGCAUAUAGUGAUGGUGAUGGUUUGGGUGCUGAGCAAGUGCAGAUUGAGAUCCAGAACUUGAGCCACCAAACCAGUCAGAUGGCAGGAGUAUCAACCGUAGUCAAGACACGCGCCCAGCGCACGGUUCCAAGUGGCCCAAGCGGUCCAAGUGGUCCAAGUGCUCCACCACAAGUUGGUGUCGGGGUGCCUCCCAAAACUGCUACAGCUCCACCAAAACAGCUUUUCCCGCUGACGAGUGGGGUGGCCCCAAAGGCUUGGCCAUGCCCGAAGCCUUCCGUGAAAGCAAAGGUUCCUCCAAAACCAGCACCAGCACCGGCAAUGCCAACAGGUUGGGAUGAGGGCCCGGAAGAACCGGACAGACCGCAGACAGCUCCAGCAUCCACAGAGGCUGAAGCAACGACCACUCGACGCUGGCGAUUCCAAGGCGCUUCAGCGCCGCCUGUUGACGUAGCGAAGGCUGCGCCUGCGGCUGUGCCUUUGGCUGCACCCGGAACGCUAGCGCGGACGGCACCCACAGCACCCACAGCACCCACAGCACCCAAGGCCAAAGCGAAGAGCACAGCUGCGCCAAAGGCUUCGACAUCUCAAAAGGAUGGCAUGACAUUGGCUGCAGAAGCUGCUGCCAACUACACUUUGCCUCCUGGAACUGUCAAGUGGUGGAAAGAUCUCGCUGGUGAUUGCUGUCCAAUUUCCCUGUCGCCUCUUGAGGAGCUUUCUGUCGACCCCUUUGGCUUGAUAGGACAGCUGAUUGACCCUGUCAAUCGCCGGUCUCUGUCGAGAGGGGAGUGUAAGUCAUUGGAUGAAUAUAUCCAAGCACAUGGCUUCCCUGCGGUGCAUGUCACAGAUGCCUUUGACUUGGCGAAAGCUGUUAAGAGCACUCAGUCAUCUGAGUCCUCUGGGCCAGCUGCUACUCGAAUGGCUGCUUUGGAGCGCGAGGCAGCAUCAAUGCUUCGAAGUUUGUUUGACUUCCGUUCAGUGGGAAGUGGAGGACUGACCCGAAGCGAGCCCGCCGCCCAACCUGAGCCUGCGCAGCCUGAGGAUGUAAUGUCUGUGUCACAAGAGAUCCAGGAGCCUAGUGAUGCAGCGACUGCCGCUGUGCAUUGGCCCGCCUUAGGUGAGACGCCAGCACAGGUCAGUCGCCAGCAGCCACAGCCAGAGGGAGAGAGACGCAUCCGCGUGUGCACCCAAAGGACAGUGCACAACGAUGGUGGCUUGCAGGUUGUGGAUGACACUGAAUUUGAUGUUGAGUAUGAGGAGGAGAUUGUCUCUGAACCUACCCUUGCGGAAUCUGCUGCUUCAGCACCUCGCCGUUCCAGAUUGGCAAGACUGCCUCGGGGACGCGGUGAUGGGGCCCAGAUCACAUUUUCAGUGACCGGGCGGGCCCGGGUGGAUCCCAUUCCUGAGCGUGCUAGGGCUGUCGGUAGUGGUGCAAGUGCAAGUCAGGACAAAUCUGAGAGUGAAAGCGAGGCUUCAGAAGCUGAAGCUUUGGAAUGUGAGACUUGGAUUCCAGACUGGGCGACACCAGAGUUGCAUGAGAGGCUCCUGUCAGAGCUGGAGGUGAUUGAAGCCAUGUUUCCAGACGAGUUUCAAGUGCUGAAUCCCGAGGUGAAAAGCCACUUGGAGGGAUGCUUGUCAAAAGGUGUGGUCAGUCGUGCAACAGACCCCCUCCGGAUUCAGAUUUCACAGCAUUUGGAUGGCCCACGUGGUGGUUGCAACAUGCUGGUGGAGUUUUCCAUGCCACCUUUUUAUCCACUGCAUGAUGCCAAUGUGCUACUUCGUGAAGCUGAUGAAGGUGCCGGCUGGAUCAAAGAUGGGUUGCAGAACCUACAAGCAACGCUGCGCACAGAGGUCCUUCCCACCUUGGAGGGUUCUGAAGUUGUUCAAAAAGUCACCGAUUGGCUCAACAUGCACGGUCCGGCUGUGCUGUCCAGCGCAGAACGUGAAGCUGCAGAUCCCAAACGUCGAGCAAAGGCCGAGCGUGAAGCCCGUGAAGCCGAGCCCGCUGCAACAAAGGCGGAGAGAAUAGAGCAAGCUCGGAAAGAGAGACUCAGCGCCAAAUUUACAGAGAAGUGGGAUCUUUGCUAUGCCUUCGUGAAGCAUGGCUCCUGUAAGGACAAGAACUGCCAGUGGAGACAUGAGCUGCCUAAGAAGGAGGAGAAGGAGGAGAAGGAGGAACCGCCCAAAGAAGAGACAAAAACCAAAGCUGGUGGCGGUAAAUCCACGGCCAAGGCUUUGCGGACGAUCGCCAUCUCCCUGAGAACUGUGACCAGGCUCAACAGGGUACCGAGGAUUGGCAUCCCAGAGCUCUCUGACAUUGCCGACUGGGCAGAGCUGUGCAGCGCGGCGCACCUUUUUCCUGCCAUGAACGGGCGUGAGGCCGACGCUAAAGCAUUCGGGGCCGGUGAAAAUGGCACAGAGUUCACCUGGAACAAAAGGACAUGUUGGGGGAAGACGCUUCAUGAGAGAGCUCUUAAAGGAGAUGAAGAAGGGGUCCGCAUCCUUUUGGAUGCAGAUGUAAACGAUCCCAGCAGGGAGGGUGCAGAUAUCUCUCAGGCGUUGGUUCGUUCAACAUUUGCCUGGAUUGUCCCAUACGGCAAGGAAAACCAAUUGUGUACUGGGCAAGCGAUUCAUUUGGCCGCGAGCCGUGGCCAUGUAGCUCUGCUUCGGCUUCUGGUAGAGAGAAUGGCUGACUUGAACAGCCAAGUCACUAGGGACAACCAAACCAACUAUGGAGUUCUGCAAGCUGCGAUCUUCCGAGGAGGUAGUGGAGGCUCCAGGCAAAUGAUUGAAAUGUUAUGCUCAGAACGCGGUGCCGAUAUCUCCCGCACCAAUGCAAAUGGGGAUACUGGUUUGCAUUUAGCUUUCUCCACUGGAAACGAGGAAACCAUCAGGGCAGUGUACGAUCUUAUGAAGGGCAAAAAAUCAUGGGUCUUCCCAGGUGAUAAACUACGGGAUGAGAGCCCCCUUGAGAUUGGCAUCAGGUCAGGCAUGAUGAACCGGGAAUCCCUUGCAAGGAUGGCCCACUGCACCAUCAUGUCAGGCAUGUUGAACAAAAAAUACUUGACAACCAUGACCCGGUGUAGUAGUGUGAGUCCCUGUUAUAUUGCCAGCCUGAAGCUUUUCAUCAAUCGAGCUCCUGAGUGUAUCCCCAGCUUCCUCGAGCUCUGGGGGAAGAGAGAGGAGUUGGCGGAAGCAUUGUGGCCUGAGCAAAAGCCGGAGGGAUCCAUUCCAGAGAACGAGAGGCUCACGAGUGAUGAUCUCCAGAAGAUGCUGCGUGACUGCCCCGGUGCUGGAAAAGCUUUGAUGGAGAGCAGUACCUUUCGACCUGCUGACCGCAGUGAUGGCUAUAACAAGCUGCCGGAACGGGUGAGCUUGGCUCCACGGAACCUGCUCUCCAGGCUAUUGGGUUUGUCGCCUUUUUGCUUUCGCUUCAAAUGCUUCUAUGAGACGGACACUGAGUGGAAGGAAGAGAGAAAGUGGCACAGCCAGUUGAAGACAGAGCCUGGAAGGCCCGAGGAGAUGAAAGAGAUCAAAAUCCUGCUCUGUCGAGUGCCUGACAUCAUCACACCUGGCUUUUUCUCAGCCGUUUUGGACGCUCGUGACGGAGACAAGCCGGCUUUGUUCCUCUUUCAGAGUUUGCCUGUCCGCGCGGCUGUAUCUUUCACUUUCUGGAAAGGUGCUGUGUGGAUGGAUAUGCUUCAGUUCAUCUUCUCUCUCUGGGGAUUGAUCCUGCUGAUCACAAUGACUUGGCAUGCCCAGGACACUGAGUUCUGCCCACAAGGCUUGGUCAACGGCAACAAUGCAACCGAAACAGUCGAAACAGUGCUGAAUGUAACGCAUGCGACAAAUCAGACUGCACAGAAGGUGUUGCAGGACCUUUGCAGCGAGCAGCUGGCCAGUAUCUUUAAGUCAAGCUUAAUAACUGACACCGGAGCAGAAUAUAAGCCUCAUGAGAGAGCUGUUGUGGGAGAUUGGAUCAUUGCCAAAGGCUUUGUGGAUCUUCUUCUUGAAGCUCUGCAGUUUGGAGGAUGUGUUGCCACCAAGCAGAUUGCUUCCUACUUUAGAGCCGGUAACUUGUGGGAUGUCUUCCGCAGCAUUCUGCCGAUCCUUCUGCUGCGGUUCUAUGAUUGUAAGCCGCUUCAAAUCUUGGUGGUUCUCAUGUACUGGAUGCGGCUUCUGGAGGGUGCCACGUUGUCUCAGAAGAUUGGCCACGCCUUGCUACCGCUUCAAAAUUUGGUUCACGGCCUCAUUCCGGCCAUGCUUUUCACCAUCUUAGGAUUUGGUGCAUUGACUCACGCCCUAUAUGCAGUGCACAACCAGGACAAUGAUCGGCAGCAACUGUGGCCUGGAGCAGUGUGGAAGACUUUUUCCAGACUCAUAGCGCAGGAGUUGGAUGAUGACACAAUGCCAGAAGACAUGGAAUUGCUGGUGCUACUUUUUGGAGUUCUGUUCUUUUCGGUCUUCAUGAUGAAUGUCUUCAUCGGAGUGAUCAAUGAUCAAUACUCUGAGGAGAAGAAGACGGUCCGCAUGGCCUUCCAAAGUCUUCGGGCCAAAUCUUGUUUGACUCAUCUGUUGCGCACGAGCGCCGUCCCUUGCGACUUGCUUACUGCACAGCAAGCUGCAUGCAUGUCCACUUUUUGUGUGAUGACCUGCAUAGUCUUACAGGUGCUUGCACUUGGUGAAACGGGGUGGCAACUGCCGGACUAUUGGCAGUUCGUUGCCUUUCUCCUGAUGAAACUCUUGAUUUUUACGGCUUCCUUUCAAUGCAAAGGAUCUGACUUUCCGUGGCUCACCUUCAUUCGCGGCAAUCCACAGACAAGGUAUCUGUGGAUUUGUGAGCCCCGAGACUAUGGGGAGACUGAUGAUGACAAGAUGAUGCCUUUACCAAGAACUUCUACAAGGAGCAUGGAGCACGAACAAUGCUUGGCUGCUGUGCCGAUGGCGGAUGACGCGCCAACUUUGCCCACUUUGUUGACGUCCCGUCCUCUUGCACAAUGCACUUCAUGCAGACUUUGAUGGCAAUGCAGAGCACCUUCGAUAUCACCGCACUUUCCGCUCGAUUUUGGAUAUCUAAUUAAUUAGCAAUCAAUUAGUCUUUAGCCCCUCAUUUCCCGCGUUUUUGCACCAAGUAAAUGCCAAAAGUGCACAAACGUGCUAGCUGCUGGUGGUUCAGAGGGUGCCUAGCUGUUGCUUUUAGCACAGUUUUCAUAUUUACAGCAUUUUACAGCCUCCGGCAGAUAUUAGCCGCUUUAGUUUGGUAUGCUCCACAAGGGAGCGCCUGCGUGAAUCCUAUUUUGCACAUGCGAAAUGAAUA